AUGUCCGGGGAAGACACCGCAGCACCGCAGGUCUUGGAGGACCUGCCGGGCGUCCUCAAGCUCCUCAGCGACGGCUCGGUCGUCCGCGGCGACGAAGCCGUGCUCUGGCCAGAGGACCCGUUGCCGGACGUCCCCGGCGUGCAGUGGAAGGACGCCCAGUACCACGCGCCGCGCGGCCUUAGCGUCCGCGUGUACAGGCCGUCGUCGUCGGUGACGGAAGCCGGCGGCCCUAAGCUCCCGGUGCUGGUGUACUUCCACGGCGGCGGCUACUGCCUCGGCUCCUUCGCGCAGCCACACUUCCACACCUACUGCCUCCGCGCCGCUGCCGAGCUCCCGGCGGUCGUGCUGUCCGUCCAGUACCGCCUCGCCCCCGAGCACCGCCUCCCCGCGGCCAUCGAGGACGGUGCGGCUUUCCUCUCCUGGCUGCGCGACCAGGCCGAGCUCGGCGUUGGCGCUGACCCCUGGCUCGCCGAAACGGCCGAUUUUGGCCGGACGUUCAUCUCCGGCGCAUCGGCGGGCGCCAACCUGGCCCACCACGUCACGGUCCAGGCCGCCUCGGCGCAGCGAGACGUCCACCCGGUGCGCGUCGCCGGGUACGUCCUCAUCUCUGCGUUCUUCGGCGGCGCCGAGCGGACGGCGACGGAGGCCGACCCCCCGGCGGACGUGUCCCUGACGGUCGAGGGAUUCGACAUGUUCUGGCGCAUGUCGCUGCCGGUGGGGGCGAGCAGGGAUCACCCGGUGGCCAACCCGUUCGGCCCGGAGAGCCCCAGCCUUGCGUCCGUGGAUCUCCCGCCGGUGCUCGUGGUGGCGCCGGAGAGCGACGUGCUCCGCGACCGCGUGAUGGGGUACGCCGCGAGGCUGAGGGAGAUGGGGAAGGCCGUGGAGGUGGCCGGGUUCGCCGGAGAACAGCACGGGUUCUCUGUCCUCCGGCCGUUCGGCGAGGCGGCCAACGAGCUGAUGCGUGUCCUCAAGCGGUUUGUGUACGCAGGUACCACACGUAAUACGUCCACUGAUGGUUGA